CUCCCUUCGCCGCCAGGCUGCGGCUGCGCUUCGUGGUCGGCGGGAGGGAAAUGGCGGCCGCCACCUUCUCCUCCUCCGUCUCGCUGCGCCCGUGCUUGGCUCCCCUGAGGAGAUGGCGAGCCCUGUCCUGCCCGGCGCCCCGCAGCGCCAGCGGCUCCCCCCGCAGCGCCGCCAGCGAUGAAGCAACUGUUAUCUCAGGGACAAAGCUUGCUAAAGAAGUCUUGAAGGAAGUUCAAAGGGAUGUGGAAUCGUGGAUAUCCUUUGGAAACAAGAGGCCUCAUCUCACUGUUGUAUUAGUAGGAGACAAUCCAGCUAGUCACAUAUAUGUUCGAAACAAGGUAAAAGCAGCUGCAGCUGUAGGCAUUUCUAGUGAGAUCAUACUAAGGCCUGAAGACAUUUCUCAGGAAGAACUGUUAGAUAUGACAUUAAAACUCAAUAAGGAUCCAUCAGUUAGUGGUGUAUUAGUUCAGCUACCUCUCCCAGACCAUAUAGAUGAGCGAACAGUUUGUAAUGCUAUCGCACCCGAAAAGGAUGUGGAUGGAUUUCAUAUUAUUAACAUUGGACGUCUGUGUCUUGAUCAGCCUUCAAUAAUACCUGCAACUGCUGCUGCCGUGUGGGAAAUAAUAAAGCGGACAGGAAUCCAAACAUUUGGAAAAAAUGUUGUUGUAGCUGGAAGAUCUAAGAAUGUUGGAAUGCCGAUUUCAAUGCUUUUACAUACUGACGGAGAGCAUGAAAGACCUGGCGGUGAUGCUACAGUGACCAUUACUCACCGAUACACGCCAAAAGAACAGCUCAAGAUCCAUACUCAACUUGCUGACAUUGUCGUAGUAGCUGCAGGUAUCCCGAAGUUGAUUACAACCGAUAUGGUCAAAGAAGGUGCAGCUGUGAUAGAUGUAGGCAUCAAUCAUAUCCGUGAUCCUCUUACAGGAAAGACCAAAUUAGUUGGGGAUGUGGACUUUGAAGUAGAGUACACAGAGCAGCCGAGGCUCUUGAAGCUUAUGCAGACCUGUCUGGAAGAACACCACAGCUAUUGCAUUAAUGGACUCUGUGCUUUCCACAGUGAACUGAGGAAACCCAUAUGCAAGUGCCUUGCAGGUUAUAAUGGAGAGAGGUGUGAACAUUUAACACUAAAUUCCUAUGCACAUAAUUCUUACGAACGCUACAUUGCUGUGGGAAUUGGUGUAGGGAUACUGACAAGUGGGAUACUUGCCAUCAUCUACUGCUACGUAAGAAAGAGAUGCAGGAAAUUGAAAUCGCCCUACAAAGUCUGCACAGGAGAGACGGCGUUGUGAAGACGUGGCACUGGGACACUUAGCAAUCUGCCUGUAAGCAAGAGGCGGUUCCGUUUGGAGGGCCACCCCACGCCAUCUAGCAGGUACCCCAGCCUCGCUGAUGAGGUGAAAUGAAGGGAGUGACAGAGCGAGUGUGUAAACGGAACUGCUGCAGAACUGAUGGGGUCCAUUCACUUUUGAAGAAAGACUUGAUAUUUCUAGUAAAGGCUGCUAGAUGAGCAGGUCAGAACAGCAAGGGAUACUUGCAGCCUUCUCAGUGCUCUCCUGCGGUUCGUAUUUGUCAAGGGGAGGACUGAGUCGUUCUAUCUAGUUUUCGGUCAUUUCAAGCCCUAGUAGAGUGUUCUGCUCUGAUCUUUCCUGUCUUUUUUUUUCUUCUUCCCUGAAACAACCUGUUUCACAAUGGAAUUGUAUUCUGAACAUCAUGUGCUGAUGAGAAGCCAUCUGGAUUCUGCUUCUAUUACCGUAUGGGACAAAAUCAUCAAGUGCUUUGGACUGAGGAAAAUGCAUUGUUCUCAGAGACUCAGUAAAAUCUGGAAUAACAGGUAUGCAAUUUCUGGAAAAUUAGACUAUGACACCUUUGGACACAGCAAGUUCUUAACAUUUUCGAUGACAGAAGGAAUUCAACAUCUUUCUUGAAAUGGAUUAUGGAGUGUCCUCAUGACAAAGAACAUAAGUCUUCCCAAACAUCAUAUAGCAGCUCAUCACAUUGCUGAAACUUAAGGCAAAACAUUGCCUUGCUGCACGGUGUUUUCAGAACAAGACUCCAGCUGCUACAGAGUCUGGAAUUUUGUUAUGCAACUUAGCAUAGCUUUGCCAAGGAAGCAUGUUCAUUUUACUCCUUGUGCACAACCUGUGCACAGUGUGACCACUCAGAUAAGAAAGAAAUGGCCACAGGGAUUUUGUUUCAUCCUGGCCAGACAGAUUAUUACCAGGUGCUUGUUUUUCUUCAUCUUUCCUACAAAGAAAUGCGAAGGCUGGAGGAUUUUGUUCAAGGAGAAGGGACUAAGUUGGUUGUAAGGAUGGUGGCACUAACUGUGACUUCGCACUGACAUUUGGAGGAUUUGCCAAUGCUGAUGAGACUGGAGAUGGCUCCCACAGAUUUUUCAUUUCAGCUGUUGCACAUUGUAGACAAAUCUGCUGUGCUUAGUCAUCUACAAGGAAACGGAAGUUAGGUACCUCAACAAUCUUUGGGAUUUUUGUGGAAUAAUGCAGGCUCCUAAAUUGCUGUGCAUUGCUGAGAGGUUCAAUUUCUUUGUUAUGCAAGUUCAUUUUUACCAAAGGAUGGAUGUCAUUUGUUUUUUGUUUAAAAAAUAAUAAUAAUAA